CUGCGCGGGGGGCUGAGCGCUCUGGGGCUGGAGCUGGUGCUGGACUUCAUCAACACCUCCUGCCUGGCCAGGCUGGAGCAGGAGGAGGGGGGCGAUGAGGAGCCCCCUUUGCUGGAGGAGCUGGUGGAGGCCGCUUCCUACCUGCAGGUCACCCCCUUGCUCCGCCUGCUCCUCUCUCAGGUGAGGCUGGGCAACUGCUUUGAGCUGCACCGCCUGGCUCAGGUCUACGGUCUCCAGGACUUGCACGAUGCCUGUCUAGACUUCAUGGCCACCCAUUACCAUCAGGUGCUGCGGAGGCCCGACGCCCGGUCGCAUCUCCUCCUGCCCCAUGCUCUCCAGCAGCACUUGAAGGAGAGGCGGAUGAGGGGCACCGCCACCCUCGUGGCCAUCGGGGACUUCAUGGGUGCCUCCUCCCUGGGCCUGCCUCCCGGCUGUCACCCUCAGGUAGAAGCCCCCUGGUCUAUGCUGAGGUAUGAUGAGGAAGCGCAGAGGUGGCUGCCCCUGGCCAACAACCUGCCCCCUGAUCUGGUGAACGUCCGAGGCUAUGGGUCGGCAAUGCUGGACAACUACCUGUUCAUCGUUGGGGGCUACAGGAUCACCAGCCAGGAGAUUUCGGCUGCCCAUUGUUACAACCCUUGCCUAAAUGAAUGGAGUCAGCUGGCUUCAAUGAACCAGAAGAGGUCCAAUUUUAAGCUUUUGGCUGUAAAUGGAAAGCUCUAUGCCAUCGGUGGUCAAUCCCUUUCCAAUGUGGAGUGCUACAACCCAGAAAACGACUGGUGGAAUUUUGUAGCAUCCAUGCCAAACCCUCUUGCAGAAUUCUCGGCUUGCGAAUGCAAGGGCAAGAUCUAUGUUAUCGGAGGAUACACUACACGAGAUAGGAAUAUGAACAUUUUGCAGUACUGUCCCACUUCUGAUUCCUGGACCAACUUUGAACUUUGUGAUGUCCAUGUUCGCAAACAACAGAUGCUCUCUGUUGAAGAAACUAUAUAUCUGGUAGGGGGUUGCAUUCAUGAACUUGGACCAAACCAAAAAUCCAGCCAAAGUGAGGACGUGCUAACUGUGCAGUCUUACAACAUUGCUACCAAAGAAUGGCUCUACCUCAAAGAGAACACAUCAAAAUCGGGUCUUAACUUGACUUGCACUCUCCACAAUGAUGGAGUCUAUAUAUUGAGUAGGGAUAUUACUCUAUCUACAAGCUUGGAGCACCGUGUCUUUCUUAAGUAUAAUAUAUUUACGGACAGUUGGGAGUCACUAAGACGCUUUCCAGCCUUUGGACAAAACAUGCUGAUCUGUUCUAUGUAUUUGCCUGAUGUGCGAGAAGUGUAA